UGUUUGUUGUGCUCAACAAAUCACCGAUCAGAGUUUGGGAGAAUAUUGUUGAUGUCGGUAUUCUAAUAAGUAUUGAGUUCCCCAAAGCGUAUUUUGGACAGCUACUGAUAGAAGUCCAACAUUAUGGCGCUGGCCUGCGGUAUUGGCAGGCGGUUCCUGGCCAGAAAUCUCCGUCCACAGGUAUCUCAGCUUCUCAGUCGCCCAAUGUCAUCAACAGUGGAGGAUAUUGACGGCAAUGAUCGGGCACGCUACCCUGGGCAGCGACCUGGCCAGUACGCUCACUUUGUCAGCCAGCCCACGUUUCAACUGCCAGAUAACAUGGAUCCUAUGCCAGUGUACAGGGUUCUUGAUCGAUCUGGUGAACCUAUCGAGGGGGCUGAAGUUCCAGAUUUGAGCAGGGAAGUAGUACAGCGGAUGUACAACGUCAUGCUGCAGCUGAACGAGAUGGACAAGGUCCUGUAUGAUGUACAGCGCCAAGGUGGCAUCUCCUUCUAUAUGACUGCCCAUGGCGAGGAGGGAACGCUGGUCGGCAGUGCCGCAGCGCUGAACAACAAAGACCCGGUGUUCGCACAGUACCGCGAGGCAGCCGUGCUGAUGUGGCGCGACUUCUCCGUGCAGCAGUGCGUGCACCAGUGCUUUGGCAAUCGCCACGACUUUGGCAAAGGGAAACAGAUGCCAGUCCACUACGGCUCAGCCAAGCACUCCUAUGUGACAAUCUCAUCACCGCUCACUACACAGCUGCCACAAGCUUCUGGUGCAGCUUAUGCGUUGAAGCGCGCGAGUCCCGACCUCUGUACAAUCACAUACUUUGGUGAUGGUGCUGCCAGUGAGGGUGAUGCUCAUGCUGCAAUGAACUUUGCUGCCACUCUCGAAUGCCCCAUGAUUUUUAUUUGCCGUAACAAUGGCUAUGCAAUUUCAACACCUACCAGUGAUCAAUAUCGUGGCGAUGGUAUCGCUGCCCGUGGUGUUGGCUACGGUAUGAACACAAUCCGCGUGGACGGCAACGAUGUGUUCGCGGUGUACAAUGUUAUUCGAGAGGCGCGCAAGAUGGCCCUGGAGCAGCAGCGGCCAGUUCUCGUCGAGGCCAUGACUUACAGAGCUGGCCACCACAGCACCAGUGAUGACUCAACCGCGUACCGAUCCAAGUCUGAGGUUGGUCACUGGGAAGACACCGAACAGCCCAUUAAUCGGCUUUCUGAGUACAUGAAACGACAGGGCUGGCUCCAGGACGGAGAUGAGGAAGCUCUCCGUGAGGAGUUCCGUGACAAGGUAUUCGAUGCCGUAGAUGUGGCCGAGAAGGAGAACAAGCCGCCAAUGAUCAGCAUGUUUGAGGAUGUGUACGAUGAGAUGCCUGACCGUCUCAAGCGCCAGUACCAGUUUAUGAAGGAGCAUGUUGAUCGCAACUCUGACAAGUACCCGGUGGGCUCAUUCUAAGCUUGGCCUAUGAAACCUCUCACCAGUCUUCCUGACAGCCUCAUGAAACUAGAUGUAAUCAUAACCCCAUGACACAUUUGCAUGAUCUUGAUUGCUAGAGUCACCCUAACAUAAAUUAGCUUUGCCUAUCGGGAUACUGUACAAACUCGCUUAAAAAGUUUAUGCGCGCACAAUCACUCACGUAAGACAACACACAGCCUUCUCUGCUCAGCUAUUUGGCAAACCUUAUUCAUAAUUAACUUCUCGCUGGUUGUUCGUUUGGUUCCUCUUGUCCACACGAAGUACGGAUAUAAUUAUUUUCGUCCUCUCUAAAUAUUUCUUUCAUUUUUUUCAUUUUUUGAGUGCUGUCAAAGCGGAACCACUGUCUCAAACAAUAUCAAUGCAGACUAUGGUGAAGCUGUC